AUGUCCGAACAUGACCCUCCCAAGGAUACCGAUGCCGAGCUAGAAGCCUUCAGACGACAAUGGCGUGCCGAAGUCCAGUCACGGAACAAGCAAUCCACAUCAGAACGUUCGCAAGCGAAGACCCAUCACAAGAAUUCCCAUCCCUCGUCCUCCGCUCCGAAGCCUCGACCGCAACACCAUAAACACGACGAACAUGAUGCCGAUGAAGAAGACAUUUCCUCGCACGUACACUACGACUUGCCAGACAAAGAAGCCGAGCUACGUCUGGAUGCACACGAACAAGCCCUGGCGAGAGGUGCCUUGACCAAAGAGCCCAAAUCCGCCCUCGACCAUUAUGAAAAGGCCGUCGAGAAAGAGACCAUGGGAAGCUUGGGCGACAGUGUAGCUCUCUACCGCACUGCCUUCAAGAUGGACGACCGCGUACAUGAAAAGUACAAGAACAAGCACUUCCCCCCCUCGGCAUUUCCGCCAAAGCCAAAGCUCCCUGCACAGCAACCCAACCCCUCCAAUGCUUCACAGACGGUGCCUGGGACUGCCCACCACUCGUCCCACGGUCUGCCACCAACUCUCACCGAGCUGGUGGACCAAUUCUCUCACCUCUCUAUCCCUGGCGCACCAGCUCCUACAGAUGCCGACCCGCCACCGCCGUGUCCUAUCGCAGAGCUUCCCGGUGAGAUCCUAUCCGAGAUCCUGACCUACGCCGCUAUCAACGAUCUGGCUUCUCUCGCCAAAGUCUCCCUUGUUUGCAAGAGGUUCGCAUACAUUGUCAUGACCGACGAGUCCAUCUGGAAGCGUGUCGCCCAAGGCCCAGAGUUUGGCUUUGGAGGCAUGUACUACAACUAUGCAUGCAACCUCAAGGGAGAACCCCUCGAACCAGAUCUCGAAGAUGAUACGGCAUACCUUUCCGAAGGACUAGACCAAGAUUCAGACUCUGAAAUCCAACUUACAACUCCUCCGCGUCCCUCUAAAACCACCCCAGAAAUCGACAAUGCAUUGCUACAUACUCUCUACUCAUCUUCCUGGCGCCAAAUGUUCCGCUCCCGUCCCCGUCUACGCUUCAAUGGCUGCUACAUUAGCACGGUCAACUACCAACGACCUGGCGCGACAAACACUUCCUCUUCCACCUGGGGCACGCCAAUCCUCAUCGUGACUUACUUCCGCUACCUUCGCUUCUUCCGCGACGGCACUUGCAUCUCCCUCCUCACCACCACCGAACCAAUCGACGUAGUCCACCACCUGACCAAGGAAAACAUGCGUUCCUACGCCACAGGUUCGCUCCUCCCCAACAGCGUUAUGAAAGACGCUCUACGAGGCCGCUGGCGUCUAAGUGGUCCGGGCAAUGAUCCCACUUCCGAAGCCGAAGGAGAUGUGCACAUUGAAACUGAUGGUGUGAUACCCAAAUACAUGUGGAAAAUGCAGUUUGGCCUUGGAUCACGGGGCAAGAAGAGCGCGGGAGGAAACAAGUUGUCAUGGAAAGGAUUCUGGAGCUAUAAUCGCUUGACUGACGACUGGGGCGAAUUUGGACUGAAGAAUGAUAAAGCAUUUUUGUUCAGUCGGGUUAGAGGGUAUGGUAUGGGGUACUAA